AUGGCAGAGAAGUUCUUAUCUCCAGGUAUACAAUUACCCACGAAACCAAAACCUUCGGAGUGGUUGUUCAAGAGUGGAUGGGUACGAUACGCUGAGGGCGAAGCCCCUAAGGAAGUGCCACAUCCAUUGGAAGAUGAAUUAGUGUUCGAUGUUGAAGUCAUAUACAAGAGGUCACCAUAUGCAACAUUGAGUACAUGUGUCUCUUCCGAGGCAUGGUAUGGAUGGGUAUCUCCCUACCUUACGAACUAUGCUGAGAAUAAGAAAUAUGACGACUGGGAACACCUAAUGCCUUUAGACUGCUUGAAUAAUCCAAAAUUAAUAAUUGGAUACAAUGUCAGUUACGAUAGAGCACGAGUGUUAGAUGAAUAUAAUAUCAAGCAGUCAAAGGGUUUUUUCUUGGAUGGUAUGGCCCUACAUGUCGCCAUAAGUGGAAUAUGUUCUCAACAAAGGCCAACUUGGCAAAAGCAUAAGAAAAGCAAAUCUCAACUUGAUUCAACUAAAAAUGAGUCCCCUGUGAUAGAUUCCGAUACAGAUUAUUUCGAUAAAAAGCUAUCGGCUGUAGAAAUAGCAAAUGAACUUUUAGAUGACCCAUGGUUGAAUAAAGGUUCUCCAAAUUCUUUAGCAAACGUGGCAGAUUUUCAUUGCAAUAUAAAAUUAGAUAAAACUGACAGAGACUUUUUCGGUACCGAAGAUCCUCAAGAUGUUAUCAACAACUUCAAUAAUUUAAUGGAUUAUUGUGCAAGGGAUGUUGAGGCAACUUAUUCGGUAACUGCUAAGCUUUUUUCACAAUUUAGACAAAAGGUGCCACACCCUGUAUCAUUUGCAGCACUUAGGCACCUUGGAACUUUAAUGUUACCCACAACGAAGAACUGGGAUAACUACAUUGAAACAGCUGAAAAAGUAUAUCAGAAAAACCGUGAUGAAGUCACUACUAUAUUGAAAGAAAGAGCUAAUGCGUUCGUUAUUUACAUAGAUCAAAAUGAUGAGUCAUUGAAACCUGAUUGGGAAUCUGAUCCAUGGUUAUCGCAAUUGAAUUGGACUAUCAAGGAGCAGCGGUUGAAAAAGAAUGGUGAGCCUGCAGCAAAUCAAGCUUUUUUAACUGGCUAUCCUGAAUGGUACAGGGAUUUGUUUAAAACUGCCACAGUUAACGGAGUCAAACACCGGGAAAUGAAUAUAUCUACUCGUACUCGAAUAACUCCUUUACUCUUAAAAUUAAAGUGGGAAGGAUACCCGUUGCUUUGGACUGAUUCGUCAGGUUGGUGUUUUAAAGUUCCGUUUAAUGACGAAACUAUUAAAUCUAUGGAAGAUAAAAGUUACACAAGAGCCAAGCUAAAUGAUGAAGAUUUGGAAAAAUUCCUUCCUCAAUUGAGGGAUAAUGGUAACAGCUACGAAUUAUUUAAAGUACCUCAUCCAGAAGGCCCUGGUAAGAGAUGUACAUCUAUCUUAUCUAAAAGUUACUUGAGAUACUUUGAAAGCGGCAUCUUGACAUCCGAAUAUUCGUUUGCACAGGAAAUAUUGAGUUUAAAUUCGACCGCAUCUUACUGGAUGGGUAAUAGACAACGUAUUAUGGAUCAGUUUGUCAUUUAUUCCGAUAUGAGCCAUAAGAAAAAUAAGUUCUUUGACACUAAGGUUGAUUCUAAAAAGCAUAAGGACAUGGGUAUUAUCUUGCCUAAACUUUGUUCCAUGGGUACAAUUACUAGAAGAGCAACUGAGAAUACAUGGUUAACAGCUUCAAACAGUAAAAAAAAUAGAAUUGGCUCAGAAUUAAAGGCUAUGAUUCAAGCGCCAGAAGGCUACUCCUUUGUUGGAGCUGAUGUAGAUUCUGAGGAAUUAUGGAUUGCAUCCUUGGUUGGUGAUUCAAUGUUUGAAAUGCACGGAAGUACUGCUUUGGGAUGGAUGACUUUAGAAGGUGAUAAAUGUGAGAAAACCGACUUGCACUCCAAAACUGCUGAAAUCUUGGGAAUUCUGAGAAAUGAUGCCAAAGUCUUUAAUUAUGGUAGAAUUUAUGGAGCCGGUGUUAAAUUUGCCACUAGGCUUUUGAAACAAUGUAAUGCUUCUUUAAGUGACGAACAAGCGGAAAUGAUGGCCAAAACAUUAUACGCUAAAACAAAAGGUCAAACAAAUACAUCCAAAUUCUUAGAUAGAAGAAUGUAUCAUGGAGGAACCGAAUCGAUUAUGUUCAAUGUAUUAGAAUCUAUUGCAUAUCAGGAAGAUCCUAAAACUCCUGUAUUAGGUGCAGCGAUCACAGAUGCUCUUACAAUUGCAAAUUUAAAUAAAAAUAAUUAUUUGACUUCUAGAAUCAACUGGGUAAUCCAAAGUUCAGGUGUGGAUUACUUACAUCUAUUGAUCGUAUCGAUGGAAUUUUUAUUAAAGAAAUUCCGAAUAGAUGGAAGGUUGAUUAUAACUGUUCAUGAUGAAUUAAGAUACAUGGUAAAAAGUGAAGAUAGGUAUAAGACUGCUCUUCUUUUACAAAUUAGUAAUUUAUGGACAAGAGCAAUGUUCUGUGAACAAUUAGGUAUCAAGGAAGUACCACAGUCUUGUGCAUUCUUUUCAGAAGUUGAUAUUGAUACUAUCUUGAGAAAAGAAGUCACUCUAGAUUGUGUAACACCAUCGCAUCCAAAUUCAAUCCCCCCUGGUGAAUCGUUAGAUAUUCACAAGAUCUUGGAGAAAUGUGAAAGUGAAAAGUUUAUGAUUGGGUGCCCUCGUAAAAGAGCUAGCAAACAGUCAAAAAUUGACUAUUCGAGCAGAGAGCGAGUGAUAUCAAACUUAGAUAAAGAAUUGAACAGUGAUAUGAAGGUUGCGAAAAUCAAAUUACAAAAUUCGAUUGAUAAAGCAACUUGGAGGCAGAACAUUAAUAAUUAUAUCAAUGUCAAGAAGAAUAUUGAAUUUGACAAGUUUAAUAGCGAAUUUGAUAGAAGAAAUAUAAUGUUCGAAAAAUCAUCUACUUUAUACAAUUCAGAAGCCACUACUAAGCCGUUGAAGCCAAAGUCGGUGAAACGAAAAAUAGUGGAAGAAUAUGAGAUUGGAAGUGAUGGUGAUGAAUUGUUAGCUAGGGAAAUUGCUAAGUCUUAUAGCGAAGGAAAUCUUAAGCCAGCAAAGACAAGUAAAUAUAAAUAUAAUCCGGCUAUUAAAAAGCUGACUUCUAGUGUCAAAAAGGAACACAAGAACUUCUCUAAGCAACCUGCUGAAAGAUCAUCUCAAGAUAAUAGCCUAGUAAGGCCUAGGUCGGUUUCUAAUAACAAAAUCCAGACGAAAUUUUAUAAAGCACAGUACUCCACUGCCAAUACAUAUGGGCAAAAACCUGAUAGUGUCAAAUCCUACCCGAAAAACUCACCUACAGAAAAACUAAAUAAUAGCCCAAGUCGACUAUCAAAGCUUUUCUUCGAAAGCGGAUCAAAUUCUCAAACUCAAUCUACAAAAGCGAAACUUAGUGUCCGACCGACAAAGCAAGUGUCUUACACGCUGAGAAGUGGAAGCUUCCGUACACCAAUUCAACAACUGAAAGACCCUCCUAAGAAUUUUGCUUCCUCAGUUCUAGCAAACAGCAAUGCUAAGCGAAAAAAAUCCGCUGAACCUUAUACCCAGAGACAUUUAUUUUAUCGUGCUAGCACUUUCACCCCCGGAAAUGGCAUUCUGAAGCACUAA